CUGAUGGACUCAGUCCUCGAAAUUACAUACACACGCCUUUUCAAUUGAUGAUGUUUGUUUGCAAAGCUUUUGCCAGCUCAAUCUGUUCCCCUUGAACAAAAGCCCAAAAUGAAUACUCUUUUUCUCUCUCUCACGCAGACGCUAUAAGAAACCCACUUCAUUAUUUCUUCCUUUUUAACUCUCUUUAUCGGAUCUCCUCUAUGCAGGCAGAGGGCGUUUGAGGAGAGAGAAUGAGCGAAGUGAGAAAGAGAAAGAAUAUGGAGAACGGUUGUGCCAUGUUUUUCAGCGAUGAUGAGGUAAGAGAUAUGACUGGAUUCAAUCGGUGCGAUGAUUACGUGGAGGUGACGUGUGGGUGCACCAGCCAUACCUAUGGUGAUGCUGUUGGAACGCUUAGGGUUUUCGUUUCGGGUGAUCUUGAAAUCCACUGUGAAUGCACUCCUGGUUGCCAAGAAGGUUUUUUUUAUAUUCGUUUACGCAUCAUUUAUCCAUACGAGUCUAUUUGUGUACGCACAUAUAAACACGAAAGCAGAUGCAUAAGCAUCAUGUGCAAUGUCGAUUGGCCUAAGGUUAUUCUGCUUGGAUGCAUGAUAUACCUAUUCUGUGAGAGAAAGUGUCCUGCAUUAUACUUUGCUAGCAGUUACGAUUUUGUUGUUUGUGUAUGCUUGAUACAGAGUUCUGUUACACUGUUUUCAGAAGUCAUAAACCUUUAUGUCAUCAUUUAUGGAGCUCAAUGGUUGAUCCUCCUCCUUAGUUGGAGGGCACUGAGCUACAAUGAGCAAACACAGUUGUUAAAUGUUCUCAAAUUUCUGUUAUUGUUAUCCUUCAAAGCAUGUAUAAAUGUAAUGCCUCAAUGGAAAAGUGAGAAAUCGGGCUGCAUAAAAGGAUCAUUGACACAUGAGCUCAAGUCUUUGUUAGGUAGCAGUUUGUUCCAAGAUCAAGUUUAUGAAAAAAUGCCAGGAAAAGUUCCUGCAAAUACAAUUCUGUUGGCCAAUAUAAGAUAUAUUGCAAUUGACUGUUAUACAUUUUUAUGCAUCAGAAUUACGUGUGACGAUGAUGAAGAACGAGCAAGCCGCAGAGUGUACAGGGGCUGCACUCGCUCUCCAACAUGCAAAGGAUGCACUACCUGUGUGUGUUUCGGAUGUGAAGUUUGCCGUUUCUCAGACUGCAGCUGCCAGACCUGCUCAGAUUUCACAGAGAAUGCUAAGGCUUAAGCCGGCCAUCCAGAUAUUGCUUUUUAUAUACUAAUUUAUUGCAACCUCUCUUGCUAUCUAUCGUUAAUUAUUGAAAUCUGAGCUCAUGUAAGUAGAGCUUUUGCAUACUUUUCUUCUUUAAAUUGAAUUUUCAUUUCACCUAUAAGAUUUUAAUUCUUUCGUUUUAUAUUGAAGUGUUAAUUCUGGUUAA